GUCCUCAUUGACAAGUCAGAACAAUGGUGAGCUCCCCGCCGGCGCAUGGCGGCACACUGAACCAAGCCUGCAAUGUUGCUCUCAUCGAAACGGACACAGAUGGAUAGUCUCGUUCAACCACUUGUUGCCCAGUAUCUCGCUAUGGGCUGCCAAUCCAAAGAAAAUGGACAAAAUGAAAAUGUGGGAUCGAAUGGAAAGGAAAAAGGACAUUCACGGCUCUGUCCGGGACCGGGAUGUGGCUCCAGGUCUAAGGUCUGUCCGCCGGUGCCUGCCCGGCCUCAGCGGUUCAACAGGCCCAACCUGGCCCAGAUGACCCAGGGCAAGGUCAUGAUGUCUCUGCCGGGACACUUCACAAAGGGGGCCAGCUGGGAGGAGCUGAUCCAGGCCUGUAUCCAGUCCUUUGAUGCAGAGGGCUGUGUGUAUGGGAGCAGUCACCUGAUGAACAUCACCCUGACCAUGCACCGACUCCUCAUGUCCUCCAGUGACCUCCUGGAGAAACUCACCUCCCUAUUUAAAAGCACCCUGGAGAAUGAGCAGUCCACAGAAUGUGAGAGGAUCUGCUACUUCAUCAGGUAUUGGAUCCAGGAGUUCUGGACAAUGUUCCGGUUGCACAGCAGCCUGUCAGACUCCAUGGAGCAGUUCCAGGAUCUGAUCAGAGAUCAGGGCCAGGAGAGGCUGUGCCCUCUGUUGCAGACUAAAUGGAUAAAUGACAGGCACUGGUCUCAGAAGCCCAGUCAGAGGAUCAAGGCUAGCAGAAGUAAGAAGAGGAAAGUGUCUCUGCUGUUUGAUCACCUGGAGCCCAUUGAGCUGGCUGAGCACCUCACCUACCUGGAGUUCAAGUCCUUCUGUAGAAUAUCAUUUGUAGACUACCAGAACUACAUCCGCAGCUGCUGCAUGAAGGACAACCCCAUGAUGGAACGUUCCAUUACAUUGUGUAAUGGUAUCUCCCAGUGGGUGCAGCUCAUGGUUCUGAGUCGGCCUACAGCUCAGCUGAGAGCAGAGGUCUUCACCAAGUUCAUCCAUGUGGCUCAGAGCCUCCAUAUUAUGCACAACUUCAACACACUAAUGGCUGUGGUGGGGGGCCUGUGCCACAGCUCCAUCUCCAGACUUAAAGAGACCAGUUCACAUGUGUCCCACGAGGUCACCAAGGUGCUGAAUGAGAUGACAGACCUCCUGUCCUCCUGUAGGAACUAUGACAACUACCGUCAGGUGUACAGCAGGUGUGCAGGCUUUAAGAUCCCCAUCCUGGGAGUCCACCUCAAGGAUCUGAUCUCAGUCAAUGAGGCCAUGUCGGACUACGUAGAGGACAACAAGGUGAAUGUUCAGAAGCUCCAGGCUCUGUACAACCACAUCAACGAGCUGAUCCAGCUACAGCAGAUCACCCCACAGCUCGACGCCAACAAAGACCUGGUCCACCUUCUCACGCUGUCCCUGGACCUCUACUACACAGAGGAUGAGAUUUAUGAGCUGUCUUAUACCAGGGAGCCAAAGAACAGCAAAGCACCCCCAGCCACCCCCUCUAGACCUCCAGUGGUUGUGAACUGGGCAUCAGGCGUACCCCCAAAACCUGACCCCAAAACCAUUAGCAAACAUGUGCAAAGAAUGGUGGAUUCCGUGUUUAAAAACUAUGACCAUGAUGAGAAUGGCUUCAUCUCUCAAGAGGACUUUGAGAAAAUUGCUGCUAGCUUUCCAUUCUCCUUCUGUGUCAUGGACAAAGAGAAGGAAGGCCUAAUCAGCAGAGAGGAGAUCACAGCCUAUUUCAUGCGUGCUAGUGUCAUCUGUUCCAAACUGGGUCUUGGCUUUGUCCACAACUUUCAGGAGACCACCUACAUGAAGCCCACCUUCUGUGACAACUGCUCGGGAUUCUUGUGGGGCGUCAUAAAACAAGGCUAUAGAUGCAGAGACUGUGGGAUGAACUGCCAUAGGCUAUGUAAGGAUCAGGUGGCGUUUGAGUGUAAGAAGAAUGCCAAAGGCAGCAGCACCUCUGAAGGUCCACUAACACCAGGGUCCACACCCGGCACAACAGGUGGCCCGGAAGGCUCAGAAGAGGGACCUUUCCCGUACCACUCAGAGGAAUGUAGAGACUGGAGCCUUGUCUCUCCGGCCCCCUCCCAUCUGAGGCUCCCCCCUGGGCUGGCCAUGCCUGUGGGAGUCCAUCGCAGCACCCAGACAGAGGGCCCCCCCGCCCCUGCCCCCCCUCCAGAGCCCAGUCAGCUGCAGCCAGUACAGCCCUCUCUCCUGGCCCCUGUACCCUCCUCUCUCUUGGCCCCCGUACCCCUCUCCCUCACCCCAUGCCCCAGCCCAGUGCCCCAACGCAAACAACGGGCCUACGUCAAGUGGGAGAACAGAGCCUCUACAGUGCUAAAGCCCAGGGAGCCGGACGAAGACAACAAACCCACCUAUGAUACUUUGGAAAUGGAGAACCAGAAGCUUCAGAAGAACAACGAGACGCUGCGUAAGAAGCUGAGGGAGACGCAGCACGAGGUAGAGAUCCUGCAGACACUCCUAAAGAGGCACGCCCUUCACUCCGUGGUGGAGGAUUCCUCCUCCUCCUCCUCCUCCUCCUCCUAGCAGGAACACCCCUCAGCAGGUCAGACACACCCACUCUAUGACAUCACAGGUGAUGCCCAGGCCUCUGUCUCCAGAGCCACUGACAGUACUGUAUGUCUUGGAGGACCCUAGUGCCACACAGUCGAGAAUAUACACAGAGGGACCUAAAACUCCCUGUGAGGAGACGCUGUUACUCACAUUGUGGCAUGCCAUGAUUACCUCACAGUACGGCACAUACAGCCACUGUUAACACCAGUUGCAGCCAAUCACAGCCAAAACAGGGCUAUGAGGCAUAGCCAAUGAAAGUACCGUCCUGAAUAGGACACAGACAAUCAAAGUACAGUACCAGCCAUUAUGGAACAUAGCCAAAACAUAUCCAAUCAGUGUGCCAUCGGCUUUGGGACUCUGACAAUCAGAAUACCACACAGUAUGGCAGAAAGGCCAGGACAUUGCAGAAGUUCAUUCAGGUGUACUGUGUAGUUAUUGUCCUGUCUUAGGUAAUAUCAAGGUUGCAUAUUGUAUGCAACAUGUAAAUCCAUGUGAUUUCAAUGUUACUGUCCAUAUUUAUUGUUAAAACACUACAAAACUCGUGAGUUAAUGUCAAUCAUUGAGGAAAAGAUAAGCAGAGUUCAGAUUUUUUAUACAGGUAGAUGUAGACAAAUAAUUGUUCUUAUUUAGGUGCAAGACAUUUUAGCGAAAGAAUACAUUCAACCACAGUUUUAUCAUGUAUAUUUCAUCAGCUCAGUGUUGUCCAUAGUAGCAAUUAACAUAAUAUUAGAUGUUUCACCAAUGACAUACCAUGUAAAUACCCUAAGCAUAUGAUAUAUUGUGGUGCCAUCAUACUAGUAUUUUCUCUCAAGAUGUCCUCUCUCAGUAUUGCUGUCAUAAUGAAUGUUAUAAUAAAGACAUAUUCUCUA